GGAAAGCUUCCCACCAGAAGCCUUGGUACCUUUGUCGGGAGUGGCCCCAUCGCACGCGAACCACGUCACCAAAACCACAUUUAUUGACGGAGAGCGCGAGAGUCCCUGGGAAUGACUGGGGUUGCUGCGUGGGCUUUCGAAGCCUGAAGUGAAGUGGAGAAAGUGACAGAGCUUCAUUAGAAACGAAAGGCAUCGCCUGCAACAGGUUGGGAAUCACAAAAAUGGCAUAAGGUUCACACAGGAGUCAACUGGUGGCUGUGGCGCUGGGUUGUGGUGGCGGUGGACUCGAGAGAGAUAGAGAGAGGGAGAGAGAGAGAGCAAGAGAGAUAAGUAGGGAGAAAGGGAAGAUACACAAAUCAUCAACAACGCAGGGCACUCAGAUUUACGUCUUCCAUUUUGAGAAGAUGGAAAUGGACGAGAUCAAAACUGAGAGGAAGCCAAGACGGUCGAGCCAAGACCCGGAGGCCGGUGAACCUACAGAGGAUCCCGGCGGCGAAGAAGGAUCCGAAGAAGGCGAAGACGGCGAGGGAAAAGUGGUCAAGAAGGAGACGGUGGUGCUGAGACUCGGGGAGGCCAAACUGACGGGUCCCAUGAGAUUCAUCACCUGCUACGCGGCAGGAUUCACCUUCCUCAUCAUGGCGGGAUUCAUCGUCUGGCUCCUGAUGAUCUCGCCUCCUUUCAACGUCACCCCUGUCCUCCGGCCUGACGAGAUGCUCGCUCACAUCCCGCCCCACCUCAAGGGCUCCACGACCACCGAUAUGCCCCCGGACACGGAGGAGCCUGAGUUCAGUUCGGACUUCAACCAAGCUUAAGGGUUCAAGUGUUCAAGUCCUCAUUUGCUUAGAGCUAAGAUUGUGGAGUUGCUGAAUCUCAUCUGACUAACUUCAUUGGUGUAUGUGUGGUGUAUUUGGUAAUCAUAAGUUAUCAGCAUCAGGCAAGCAGGUUCCAGAGUAAGGAUGUCUCUUUCGACUUUCAUGGGAAUCUCCCGAAAUAUUCUUGCAGUUUUUUCGCAAUUUGGCCGAAAAUACUCUCAAAAUGAUUUAGCAAAAUUUAUAAAUUACAAAAUUGGAAUUAUCAUUCAUGUAAGAGAUUUGUCACAUAGUUCAGAUCUGUUAACAUGAUGGGGGGCAUUAACAAAAAUAAAAUGUUAAAUUUCAAAAUGCAUAAGGGAUAAUAUUUAUAUGAUAAAGCGGUUAAAGAAGGUACCUUGCAUUACCUCCAAAGAUUUUGAAAAUGAAUUAGCCUAAAAACACUGAAUUUAUCUGAAAUCUGUUUGAUACCUGUAUCAGUAAUUCUGCAAUUAAUGUAGCAUACCAGUUAGGAUCACCUGGACAUGUUUCAGGGAGGUUCAUGAUUGACUUACACUGUGGAAUACAGUUCGGACACCUAGUGGACCAAAGCACCGUCAUAAAAUUCAUUAGUUCUUCAUCUCUCGUAGUUUAGGUGAAGCCCUCGUGCACAGGAAAUUAUAAAAUUCACAAUUUUAUAACGCACGAGGGCGUUAUCUGGCAUCGUUUUUGCAUCCUGGAGCGAAACCUUGCACGAAGUAGGCCAUAUUUUUUCUUAUCUGGUGCAAAGCUGCAGUCACGUAUGUAGCUUCGACUUAAGAAUCAACUUUGAAAUCAAUGUUGGCAAUUGAUGUUGGAAGAUGCAAUGAAGCGCUCUGGUGCGGCAGCAGAACAAUAAUCAGUCUCUUCAGCUCACUGAGGUUGUCCCGAGCGAUUGCACUCUUCGCAAGCAACUCCUCACUUCAAGAAAGAAUGAUGCAUUGGUCCAGUUGUGAUACUAUUUCUUUCUUCUUUUUUUCGAGUCAAUAGCAGCCACGGUGACUGCUUCAUUUACUUUCAAAGAGGCAGGGUAAGAUCUUAUCUCGCAUGCAGAUCUCUGUAAUGCUACAUGUUCAUCGCCUGUUCUUUAAGAGCCUUACCAGAAUCAUCAGUUUUUUUUUCUCUCUUUUUUUUUGGUUCCUCGAAUGGCUAAGAACCCUGUCUCCGGAUACGCUUAUAACAACGGUUGUGAUUUGUUAUUGCAAAAUGUAUUACAUCCGAUACAGUAAACCAUGAUUUCCUUCGUGUUUGUUGGUACUGCAUUCAUAGUCUUAUCGCUAAAACAUCACAGAGUAGUCCGUUAAAAUCGCGAGAAACGUUUGCAUAGCAGAAUGCAAUACACCUAAAGGCUUAAUAAGGGACAUUCAAGAACCUUGGAGAGGGCGACAGCCUGCGAGGCUUGACUCCGCGCAAGCGCUCACACUCCUGUGAUGGUCUUUGACUAAUGCUGCUCGAAGGAAGGUGAUUUGCAGUCGCUUUUGGUACACGUCAGUAGGCUGGUGACUUCGCCAGUUUCGAGGGGAAAGUCAAGACAUCUUUUCCAGCGUUUGGGAAAAACGGAACCAAAUGUGAUAUCUGAAGUUUUUUUCUCGACUUUGCAACUCUACGAUUCAAUAUUCAGACCUAUUAUAUCGUCAUGAAUAUUGCAAUAUUUCUUCAUCUUUGUGUAUUCGUGCGAAUGCUAAACCACCUUUUUAUAUGUCGUCUUGUACAGUGGAGUCAUGUUGAUGAAUGAAUUAAAUUAGCGUAUUUGUUAUGAACUAUAAUGUGUAGUAGUUUGAAAUGAAAACAAUUCCUCUUUGAACACAACUAAGGCGUGUUCUAUUUGAAGACCAUAGAGCAAUGGAACUUGGUACUCUCUUGAACACUAAUUGGUCGCGUUCUCUUUGCAGGACAUAGAUCUGUGGAAUAGUGACUAUUUGCUACAUAUCUAAGAUAAAGUUCCUCUUCACUUACAUGACUGGACGUCAGUUGCCGUUAGUUUAAAAGGAAGCCAAAAUUCAUGUUCACAUCUCUAACUAACCUGGUUUGGACUCUCGAGAAAAGGACACAAAAGGUUCCUGUACGAAUAGAACAAGUCUUAGAAAACUGGGAAAACUUUAAGGAAAUAGUUUAUAUUCCUAUUCUUAACUAAGUGACUUAGCGGUAAAUUACGUACGCACCUUACAUAUGUCUGUGUGUACAUAUAUGUGCAUACAGACACACACAUAUACAUGUGUGUGUCUACACAUCUAUGCGUGCGUAUUUUAUAUCAGUGUUUUUGUAGACGUGUAAAUAAUUCAAAAGAUUUUUAUUUCUUGUGUGUAACUUUGUCUGAUACAUAAACAAACGUUCAUCAGUCAUGAUUAUUAACUGGAUAAUGUAUCAACAUCUAUUAUAUUGCAUAUCUUAUCGCAGCGUCGUAAAAUUCGAUAACAGGACGAAAUUCCGUAUAAACCCGCAUUCGUAGGUUUUAGAAGUGAAAAGCAAGAACCAGAAUUCAAAACAUACUACGUAACAGUUAGAACGUAGGAAUUAGCAGAACCAUUACACAACCAUAGUCAUGAGUUUGCAUUAUUUAGAUUUAGAUUUUGUAGAAGGUAACCCCCUCACCCAGAGGACUUCUACGGUAAAGGCCCUGGUGGUUGACACGGCAGGUAGAAAUAGUAAAGUCACUCUCAGAUAUUUUCACCUCGUCAGAAGGGAUCAAAGCAUUUUCUAGACUGUUUUUUACUUAGAGAGCCGGAGCUAAAGGAAAUCGCUCUUAUUCUGUCAUUUAUAACUGCCUUUUUUUUUACGCGAAGCGGAGAUGAAACGAUCACGCUUCACCCGAAGCUAUUUUUUACAUGACGAGGCUUAGAUGAAAAUGACGCUUUACCUAACAUUUCUAGACUAUUUUUGGACUAAGCAUAGAUCAAGAGUCGCUCUCCAUCUAACGUUUCUAGACUAUUUUUUGAUAACGGAGCAGUGAUAGAAACUUGCGCUUCCUCUAAACUUUCUAUGCUCUUUUGGAUAAGAGAACCAAAGGGAAAAUAUUCAUUACUAAUCUAAAUAGCUGAUUUAUUUUCAAAGCUAAACUAGAUAUAUUUUCAUGAUCAUAUAGUCGGCAGAAUUAUUUUUGUCUACAUUUAUAUAAAUUGUGCUUUUUCCGAGGAGAUUAUUAGUCGCUACACACCGUUUAUAUAAGGUCUUUUCAUUCAGAAAACUUUGGGAAAAAACACAUCAAUAAGACAUAUAUAUAUA